GCAUGAACGUGAACCGUUUUAUUCUUCGUAUAAUUUUUUUAGUACUAUAAAGUUACCUAUUUACUCAAUGUUGUUAUUUAUAUAUUAGAUGUUAUUUAUUAUUAUUUUUAUAUUUGGUGUUUAAACAUUAACCAUGGAACCAUUAAUGCCUUCCGAAAUCGCUCGACUAGUAUACGGUAAGUUCUUUUAUUUUCAUCGUUUUGAAACUUGUUAAAGCAAACCAGUUUAACUAGUUCCAAAAUGUUCUGAACUAAAAAUUAAGUAAAAAUGCGAUCCUUAAAUCUACAAUUGAAUUCCUUAAUUCUAAUUCUCGUACAUUUCUAAAAAAUCAAAAUUUAGUCCUAUAACUACAUUGACCCAUCAUAUUCUGUAGUACUUUUUACUACCGGUUCAGAAAGUCACUAAUGUGUCAUGUGGAUGCUUAUUGACAGAGCAUUAAGCUCUUGCGGGUAUACCAUUCCAAUAAUGGAAGCAGUAAAAAAUGUAUUUUAAGAAUACAUACUAUAUGCUCAUUACAAUUAUAAUAUGUGUUUAACAAAUUUCCCAGUUCAAGUUUGUACACGUUUAGAACUUUUGCCCUGAAACAAAUUUGUUUUUUUUCAAAUUUCUCUUUGAUUUCACUAAUAUAAUUUCAUACUAAGUUCCUAUAUAUUAUUUUUUCUAAUCUCUAUGUUAAGUAUAAAGUUUUAAAUUCCUUACUGUUAUAUCUUAGCUUAUCAAUGCUUAGUUACAUAUUAUUAUUACUUGUGGUGUUCAGAUAUUUGGAACAUGCAAAAUAUAGUUUUAAUAUAUUUUAAAUUAGGUUUAUUAAACUUGUUUAUAUUGAUGCGCCAUUAAUAUUAUUUACCAAUAAAUCUACUGUAAGUGUAUAUUUAUAGUGUGUAUGGAACUAAAUAUAUCUUGUUUCUUUUCGUGUGGAUUAAUUCAUAAAAUCAGAGAAGAGAUUUUUUUUAAAUUUUUUUAGGAAAAUUGCUUUAUUUUAAAAAAUUACAAUUUAUACAGUUUGUAUAAUGAGUAAUAUUAAUAUUUACAAACAGUUGAAAAGAAUAUAUAAACACAUUAGGAGGAAACCACAUAUUUGUGACACCUCUAAGAAUUAUUUAGUUACUAUAUCAAGUUAAUAAAUUGCGGCACCAAUUCUUUUUGAGGUACCUGGUUGAAUUGCUGGGGAGUGUGAGUGAUACUAAUUUGUUGAUAAAUUGGUUGGGAUUACCUCGCAGUUUAGUGUAGAAGCAUUUAUAGUAAGAGCUGGUUCUGUUGAUAGGUUUGAUGGUCCUUUGAGGUUAGAAUUUAGAGAUUCAUUUGAGACGAACCAGGGUGGGCUAAAAAUUACAUAUAGAUAUACAUUUUGGAAGGCUUUUAUCGUUCUUUUAUUUUAAUUUUUGGCAGAGUCCCAUAUAACAAUGCCAUACGCUCAGAGGAAAAAGAAGAGUUUUAUAUAAAAUAAUUUUGUUUGAUAAAAGAAAUAAUGACAAACAAUAAAAAACAAAAAACAAUAAUAAUAUUCCUAUUUUAUUAUUAUUUGUUUUUACCUAAAGUUAAUUAUGUAUACAUUUUUUAAUAAUAAUUAUUUUUACAGGUUAUUUAAAAGAAAAUAAAAAUGAUGAUGCAGCUGAAAAUUUUUUAAAAUGUUCACCUUAUUUAACAGAAUGUUAUCAAAUGUUUAAAGCUAAUAGACGGUUUAAUUUAAAUGUUAAUGGUUUUAAACUACUGGAUAUUUUAGACCUUUUUGGAACUAUGUGUAGUAUGAGUAAGUUUUGUAAAUUUAGUAUGUAUGAUAUUUUUUUUUUAAGCCAAUUAUAUUUUGUAAAUAUCUUGAUUUUUAAAUUAUGAUGUAUAUCUAUAUCUCAUAUUAAAAUGUGCAUUCAUUUGUGAUAUUAAUUAAACUGAAGGGAAGCAUAUAAUGCUACGAUUUUAGCGAACCCAGUUCCCCGAGCUCCUACUGGUGGAAAGUUUUUAUAUAAGUGAUUCCAAUAGGCAUAUGGUAUUGUUUCUGUAGGAUGGAGGAAUUUGAUUUAUAGUUAACAAUACCAUUUUCCUUGUGAGGGGGAUCAGAACACUACUAUGAUACUUUCAUGAGAUACAACAAAUUAUGAGAUGUCUGAUCAACAGUUAGUAUACAAUUCUGUCAAACAAUAUGAAGAGUUCUAAAUAAGACUUUGGAGGAUUGUCCCAUCUCAAAUCUGCAUGGUGACAACAGAUGAGAGGAAGUACCAUGGUGUAUGAUGUUUGCAGAUAUAGCUUUGACAGGAGAAAAUCUGGAAGAAAUUAACAAUAGAUUUGUGGAAUGCAGAGUAGCACUUGAAAGAAAGGGACUCAGGAUAAGUAGAAGUAAAACAAAUUAUGAGUUUGAAGAAACAGUUCAAGAUAGCUAAUCACAAUAAGCUGUAAUAUUUGAGGUUGAGAGAUUUAAGUACCUAAGAGGAUGUUAACAACCCACAUCUUCUGUCUCAGUCUAACUACCUGGUAACAUACAAGAAUAAUAUUUUGGUUCAAUUAGUUAUAACUUGCUAUAAUAUCAGUAUAUAAUAACAACUGUAAUUUAAUAAAUCAUUAACAUUUUAAUAUGAAAUAUAUAAGACACGAGUAUGUACAAUAUAUUUAUGUUUUUAUUUUAGUUAAUGAACGAACAUCAGAAGUAUACCAAUCUAAAACAUUGAUUGAAAAAUUACAGUAUUUAUUAGAUGUUAAUCCUUUACCAAUAAAAAAAGAUAAAUGUACUGAAACCGAAUUAAUUAUGGUUGAUAAAUUUGCUGGCAAUGAUGAUGAAAUCAAUACUGAAAAUAAAAAUAAAAAUAUAGAAACAAAUAAAAGUAUAUCUGAAGUAUUAGAAAUUCCAUCAUUCAAUGACAUGGUUUCUUGUAAUUUGUCUAAAAUAGAAGAAUUUGAUAUAGUUAAUAAUAAAACAAAUAUAAAUUCUGAAAAAAGUCAAUCAACACAAUCUUCAUCUUGUUUACCUUCAACAACACAAGUUAUAGAUAAUGUAACUACACCAAAUUUUUCUAUUAUUAAAAAAAACGAACCUCAUACUAUUGAAUUCAAUGAACAAAAUUGUAGUACUCCAGCAAAACCAAUUGAAGAAACAAUAAAUAGUAUUAAACCAACCAUACAAUUUAGUCCAAUAGAUAUUCAUAAUCAAUUUGCUCAGUAUGUAUUAUUCAUAUUAUUUUACAAAGUAUAUUAUAUUAAAUGUAUAACCAAAAAAUGCAUUUACAUUAUUGAGUAUUGUUAAUAGUUUUAAAGUAAUUAAAGUAUAGUGUUUAAAAACAGUUCAUUGAAUGUGAUAUAUUUCAUCUUAAUACUUAGUUUGUCUAAACGUGAAACUUUUUAGUUAAUUUUUAUUUUAAAAUUAUUAAUUAUUAUUAAAAAAUAUUUUUAUAGUAAUCAGUCUAAAUCUCAACAAAUACCACAAACAACAUCCUUAGAGUCUAUGCCAGGUUUAUCAAAAGACAAUGACCCAAAGGAUAAUUCUGUUGUUAUUGAUACUGGUGAAUUAGUUGAUACAUUUUUGAAUGACAAAAGUUUAUUGGAAAAAAUUGCUGAUACAAUAAAUAAAUCUAUGGACGCUCAAAAAAAAGUUGGUGAUGUAGAUGAAAAUAGCAUCUUGAAUACUACUCUUGAAAAAGCAUUAGAUUCUACUCAGUCUGAUCCACAUGUCAAAAACAUACUUGAUGAAUUUUUAGGUAAGUAAAAUUUUAUCAAAAUAGUUACUGAUAUAAAUUAUCAACCCAAACCCUAUUUGGUUUUGUAAAGACCACUCAACUAUCCCUCAAAUUCACAGAUAAACUGCUUCUAUAGUUAGCUAUUUAGAGAAAAAAAUUUUACUGCUCAGCAGUUCUACUUGACUUGGUCCAAGUUUUUCACAAACUUAAUCACCCUAGUCUUUUGUACAAACUAAAAAAAGAUAUGUCCUAUCUUACUAUUUUUACUAUUUAUAUUUAAAAUUGUACCUUUUAGUCGAUUAUUUCAUAACCAAGGUAUGGUCUAAAAUCUCUUUUUUGGCCCCAAUAUCAAUAGUAGUCUCCCAAGGAGCUACUUGAUGCCUCUAUCUUGUAUUCUCAUCAAUCUAUACUCAUAUAUGGCAAAUCAACUGAUGACCACCCACAUUUGUUGCAGAUUUUGUCAAUCACAAAAUAAUUUAUUUCUCAUACAAAGAUGUAAUAACUGUUAGUUAUAAUCUUCAAAUUUUUAAGAUUUAGAUCUUGAAGAAAUUGGUUUUUUUUAAAAAAUAUAUUUAAAAUAAUUUCACAGCACCCUAAAUUUAAGUUUGCGGCACCUUGGUUGGGAACCUCUGGUAUAGAGAAUAAUCUUAAUUUAUCCAAAUUCAAAAUAAAAUCUACUCUAAUCAUGUUAUAAAGUGUUACCAUUGGGUGGCUGUUUUCAUAUUCAGAGCAAAGCGUGGAAUGUUUUGCUUUUAUGUAGAAGUCAAAAAAAAUUGAAAAAACAUUACAAUGUAUCAAAUUUAUAUGAGAAUUUUAUUUGUUACAUGCAGAUAAAUAUUUAAUUCCCCUCUAUAUCGUAUCUUCUCCAGUCUAACCACCAUGCAAAGUAUGCCUGCCUUUUUUUUUCUUCUGUCUAAACAUCUUUUCAAAAAGAAAUCUUGAUCUGAUGUAUAGAGUGUAUUUUUUCUGAAAGAAAAUUUUAUUUAUUUGAUGCAUUAUAAAGGUCAAUUUUUUUAUUUUCCAAGUAGUUUUCAAAAUAAUUGAGAAAAACCGAAAACAAAAUUUCGGUAAAACUGCAAAUAUUUACGGCCUGUAGGGACAUUACCAAUUUCAUUGUUAUUAAUUAAUUUUCUACCAAAAAUAGUGCUCCAAUAGAAAAACAACAAGAGGCUUUUUUUUUGUUGCAUUUUUAAUCUAAUUAGUGAGUUAUUUAGUUGUUUUUAAAUUUAGUUUCGUUUGUAAUCAAAAAAAAAAUUGAUAAAAGACCUGGAAAAUAUACAAAAAUAAUGCUGUUAUUAUUUUAAAUAUUAUUCAUAGAGAUUUGAAAUUUUGUUGAAAACUGAUGUUUGCUUUUUUUAGACAUGGUAAAAUAUUUCAGCUAUUUGUAUAUAUUUUAAUUUUACAAGUUUAGUACGUAAUUUUUAAUUGGUAGGUACUCUGCAGAUUAAAUUGUUAGAUCAAAUAGAAACACUUGAAAUAUUGACAAGAGGUUGAUUUUAAGCCGUACUUAGUGAGAAUAUUACAAAAUUGAAUGUAAUGUAGUAUUUUUUUUUCUAUUAGAGUUUAAAUCACACUUUGUUGAAAAUCGUAAAUAUUUUGGUUUUUCAAAACAUGUGUAAGCGAACUUGGCUCCAAAUCGUUUCCUUUGUUUACUUGUUCAUUAUAUUAUAUUUUUUAUUAUAUAUAUGUAUGUUAUUUUUAUUUUUAAUUUAAUAAUAUAUACAAUAACCUAACUGUUAGGUACAAUUUAAAAGUAUGUAUACAUAUAUACAUAUUUAAUAAUUUACUAAUAGCUUAUUAAUGCGGCACUAAUAUCUAUAUUUUAUUUUUACUUUUAGUUUUUAAUGUAGAAAAUCGGGAUGAUGGUAAAAAAAAAAUCAUUAAUAAUCAGCAAAAUUCAAUAAAAUCUCGUUUACGUAGUGCCAAGAAAAAAGGACAAAGUAAUAUAGGUAUAUCUUUUAAUUUUCUUACUAUUUUCAUGGAAGGAUAUAUAUAUGUAUGUAUUUACAAUAUAUAUACCUGUUUGUUUAUUGUGAUAGAUGAUAUACCUAGCAAAUCAAAAAAAAAUAAUUUGAAUACAGUUAAACAUAUUCACCAUAGUAGUAAUGAAGAUAACGUGAACAUCGACAAAAAUAUUUUAUUAAUACAUGAUGGCAAUCUCAAAACAUCAUUUUUUGAGAGUUAUGAUUUGUUAUCCAAUCAAAUUAUUUUACAGCCCAAUAACUCUAGUAUUGGACAAUCAUUUCACUUGAACAAAGGUAGACUACAAACGGGGUUUUUUUUGUUUUUUUAUAAAAUGUAUAGACAAGUAUGCUUAUUAACCAUCCUAUUUUGUUUGUAGAAGAAGAUUGUUUGAGUAAAACAAAUUAUGUGAAAAUCACCCAAAAAAUGGCCUCAAUGUUACAAACAGGUACUUAUUUUAUAAAAUUAAAUCUAUUAUUAAUAUUUAUAUAAAUUUAAUUAACGUUUUACAGUGUAAAAGGGGCUAGGGUUGUUAAGAUUGACUCAUAAAAAUUAUCGUUAUUUAUAAUCAGUGUCAAUGUUUAUUGCAGUAACCCUGACCUUAAUUGGUUGAGGUAGUUUUUUCCUCCUGGGUAUGGGGAUUUACUAUAGGGCUAAUAAUACCAUAUAAUAAAAAAGUUUUGUUAAGAAACUAAUACGAAAGCCUUGAACUGUAAUUUUGUAGCAGCUGCAAUGGCACUUGAUGAACCAUAGAGCAAAAAAAAAAAGUAUAUAACAAUAAUAAUCGAUAUUUUUAUAAAUAACUUUCAAAAUUAAAUGUAAGCAUUUAUGUUAUUACUAAGUAAAUUCCAUAUCAAAAACCUAAAUUUGUAUCUAAAUCUUUUCUUAUUUGUAUUAAACAUUGUUUGUUAUAUAAGUAAUAAUCAUUAUAUGGCACUAUUUAUUUAUCUUUUUUUUUUGGUUUAUAGAAGAAGAUUGUUUAAAUAAAACAAACUAUGUAAAAAUAGCUCCAAAAAUAACUCCAAUGUUAAAGACACUUCAAGGUAUGUAUACUAGGUUUAGAGCAACAUUGAUGUAAUUUUUAAAUACUAUUUUAAUAUAUUCAAACUGUUAACAUAUUAACUUUUUAUUCAAUCUAAUCAAUUAAACAUUUUUCUUUUAGCUCCUGAAAAAUGUAUUUUUCCAAAAAGAAAAAGACGAUUAAAUGAAUUUGAUGUAGUACGAAGCCAAUUUAAAAAAGGAAAUAUUACUUUUGUACAACCUCCAAAGGAAUCGGUUCAACCUACCAAGUCAAUUAUAAUUGAAGUUCCUAAUCAAAAUUCUUUCGAAACUCAAAAUGAUUCAAAAAAAGAUACUAUCAAAGUACCAGAGGUAUCCAAUGUAUCAUCUAUUGUAAAAGAUACAGUUUUACUUGAUGACACACCAGACGAUAGAACUAAACCGCCAAAAAAUAGAAGUCUGAGUACACCCCGUAGAAGAAGUACUCAUAUAAGAUGUUUAGAUUUUAGUACUCCACAACCUAAGAAUAAUAAUCGUGAUCAGGCUCGUUCUAAACUUUUAUUUGACACUCCAAAAAGAUAUGAAAAAAUUUUGGAAGUACCUUCUGCUAGUCCUUUACCAAAACUACAAGCUGAUUGGGGAUCUGUUAAUGGAUUUGAGUCAAUUGUUAAAAAAGAAACUACCACAGAUUGGGAUACAGAUAUUAGAAAUAUGGUUGGGGCUGGGAUUUUAACGUCUGAUGCUGACAGAAGUAAAAUGAGAAAGAAGAAGAUUCCUAGAAAGAAAAUUAAGUCACAAAAUGAUAAAAUUAAUUCUGAAUUUGACGAACAAAAUGAAUUACAAAUUGACGGAACUAGUAAACCAAAGGAUUCUGAAAACUUAUAUGAUGUAAAUAAGCAAAAUUGCAUUGGAUCAUUACUAGAUGAUAAAAUAUCAUCAAAGGAUCAAAGUGAAUUUUCUAUUCCAUUGAAAAUUUCAGAUGAAGUUACAGAAUUAUGCAAUGAACAACUAUCAACCAAAUCAAAUUCUUCAAAAGGUUUGAAUGGUUCUACAUUUUUGAAACCACAAAAUGAAUUUCCUAUUUCAUUGAAAACACUAGAUAAAGUUACAGAACUGCAUAAAGAGCCACUGUCAAUCAAAUCAGAUUCAUUAAAAAGUUUCAAUAAACAAUUAUCAAUUGGAUCUAAUUUUUUAAACUCUGUAAAUGAUUCAAAUUUAUUAAAGAUUAAAAGUGAUUUUUCUAUUUCAUUGGAAACGCCAGAUAAAGUUACAGAAUUGCCAACUAAAUCAAAUUCAUUGGAUAGCUUCACUGAACAACUGCCAAUUAAAUCAAAUUUUUCUAAUAAUUUUAAUGAUUCAAAUUUGUUGGAAACAAGAAGUGAAUUUCCUAUUUCAUUGGAUACUCCAGAUAAAGUUACAGAACUUAAUAAAAUAAAAUCACCAAUUAAGUCUGAUUUUAUAAACAGUUUGGAUGAUUCAAAUAUGUUGAAAACACAAAAUGAAUUUCUUAUUUCAUUAGAGACCCCAGAUAAGGUUACAGAACUGUUUAAAGAAAAACCACCAAUUGAAUCAGAUUCAUCAAUGAAAAGUUUCAAUAAUGAAAAACCAUUAGAAAAAAUUAUUGAAUUUCCUAUAAUUUCAUUAGAAACUCCAGAUAAAGUUACAGAAUUAUAUCAAGAACAAUUGUUAAUUAAAUUGGAUUCAUCAAAAAGCUCCUAUGAUAAAAAAUCUUUGGAAAAACAAAGUAAUGAAUUGUCUAUACCCCAAAACACUUCUAAUAAAAUUACAGAAUUGUGUCAUAAACAAUUGGAUGUUGUAUCUGAUUCAUUAAAAAGUUCUUAUACUAUUCAAAACAAACUGGAACAGUCUCAAAUUAAUGUUAAAGAACAAGAAAAUAAUUUAAAUAAAUCAAAAACUUUAGAUGAAAUAGAUAAAGCAACCACCACUUAUAAUUCAAAACUAGUAACUGCAGUUAAUCCUAGUGAAUUGACAAAUAAAAACCAAGUUAAAGAUCCUAAAUGUUCAGAAACGUUAAAUCAUUUUAAGUAUUUAAAGCCAUCAACAAAUGAACAACCAGAAAAUAAUUCAAAUGAGUCAACUGAAAAUUUAAAAAAACAGCUUUUAGUUGAUUUAAAUGAAACAAACUACUCAAAAAAAUUGAAUACUCCUGAAGAAGUUAUUCAAAAUCAGCCUAUUGAACACAACCUUGUUGAAACCCCAUAUAAAUGUGAUGAUGCCGCGGUUGAUGUUCCUGAAACUCCAAUUUCAAAAUUACUACGUGAAUAUGAUCCGAGUAAACUUAUUACACCUUUACAUUCUACACCUUAUCAUUAUGAUGAUUCAACCGAGACGCCUUUAACUAAAGUAUUUAGAGAAACCGCGUUUUUAAAUCGACCUCCAAUAUCACCUUUUCCUCCGACUCCAGGAAAUUCAAGGUCUGUUGAUACUUUAAUUGUACCACUAGACCAAGACUGCUCAAAAACUUCAGUUAAUGAUAAAAUACAUAGUUUAAAAGAAUUUCCCACACAACUUAGUCAAACAACUAAUAAUAAUAAGCCUUUAGUAAAGAAAAAGAAAGUUAAAGUUAAACCAUCACCCUCAAUAACUAAACCAAAGCUUUCGGUUAAAAGUAAAAGUAAAACUGAUUUAAAAGGAAAAACUAUUGAAGCAAAAAUAUCACAAGUAUAUGAGUCUGUGAAAGUUGAGUUAUUUGGGAGUGAAAUUUCAUCAAGCUUAAGUGUGGAUGAAUUAGUAAAUAUAACAGAACAGCCCAAACAAUUAUCGAUGAAUAAAAAAAAAGAAGAAAAGAAAUCAGGUUUUAAACCAAUACCUAAAAGAAAAUCAAUUCAAUCAGCAUCUAUUGGAAUUGGUGAAAGUCAUUUUUUAAAAGAACUUGAUCCAAAAAUUAAUAAAUCAUUAACAGAUGAACAAAAUGAGAACAAUUCUAUAGGAAAAUCUAAAAACAUUUUAAAAACUAAACAGUCAAAUAAAAGUAAAAAAUCUAUGGUCCAUUUUGAUGACCCAGUAGAGAAAUCCUACUUUUCUUCUACAAACAUAGUAUCAUCUGCACCCAACACUAUAGUUUCUAAUAAAAUCCAAAAACAAAAUUUAACUAAUGAAAAAUCUGAAAAUUUGAUUGGAUUGAGUAGGUAUUUGAAUAUACCAGUCAAAUUAACUGAGAAUAACUCAAAAAAAAUACUAUUGAAAACGAUUGAACCAGAAAAGAAAAAUUCUAAAUUGAAAAACUUUGAUUCUACCAUUAAAUAUUCAAAAAUUGCCAAUGAAAAUUCACCUGAAAUGUCUUCAGAUUUUAUAAAUAUAUCAAAAACACACAAUAAUAGUAAUCAACAAAAUAAACUAUCUGCUAUUUGUUCAAUUGACAGGAAUAAAAUGUCUGACAAACAAGAUAAUAUCACUUUCAAUAAAUCAAAUACAUCAAUGGAAUCUAUAUCCAUUGAUACUAGAACUUCUGAUAAAUCAAAUCAACCUGAAUCAACUAGUAUUAGUUGUAAUAAUAGUAUGAAUAAUAUUUCUUUUAUUUCUGUUAUCCGGAGUGAUGAGUUAGCUCCAGUAACAAAGGUUUUUGAUCUAACAAAUAAUUUGGAAUAUUUAAAAAAACCUAAAGCUUUUGAAAUUUCUACUGAUGACAGUAAACAAAUGGUAUGUUUAGCAUUAACCUGGUAUUUCUGUUUAGUAUAGGUUUUUUUCUUUUAAACUGCGUUUUAGUAAUAUAUACUAUAAUUAGAUUUAAUAGUAUUAUUUGAUUAAACAUUUAUGAUGUUUAAUUUGUCUCAUUGUAUAAAAAUAAUUGUUCCGUUUUAGGGUAUAUGUAUAUAUAUAUUAAAAAAAAAAAAAAAAAACUUCUAACAUAUCAUAUAUAUUUACAUAUAUUAUCAACUUGAACAUUUUUCAUUAAUAGUUUCACCCUCAUAUAUUACAUCUUUCUUUUUUUUUAAUCUCAACUAAAGAAACAAAAUGAAAUACAUAAAUAAAUAAAGUAUUUUAAAUUUAAAUAGAUUUGGAAGAAAUCUCAUAUUAAUUUACUAUAGUGUGAGGCUUGUCUUACUAAACUUAGUUAAUGUUUUUUGUAAAAAUAAUAAGUGACAUUGCUGUUUAAUUUUAGUUUUAAAUAAAAUAAACUAAUUACAUUUUUGUACAAGGAUAAAAUAUUCAGAAACUCAUUUAAAUUAAAUAAAUAAAUGAAUAUGUCGUCUGGAGUAUUAUGAUGUGUAUUAUGCGAUCGGUUUUGAAUUAAAAAUUCAUCACCAGGUAUAUCACAAAGUCAAAAAUUAAAAUGAAGGAUUACAUAGAAAUAAAAUUAUACAAAUUAGUAAUUUUACAUAGAAAUAAUUUAUUUGGUUAUUAUUUAUUAUCAAAAAUUUAUCGAUUUAAGAUUUUAUUUUGAAAAUCUGUUUGAAAAUUAAAAUAUUAAAAUAAUUUUUCUUUAUUUUAUUCUGUAUGUGUAAUUUUUCUAAAACAAAAUUGAUGUAAAUGUUACUUUGGGUAUUUAAUAUUUCUAAGUAUAUUAAUAUCAAAACUUAUAUUACGGUUAUUUUCUAACAGAUGUUUAGUGAAAUUUAUAUUUGUCUUACCUAUAUGCAAUUUAUUAUAAUUAUAUUUAUACCAGCAUUUUAAAAAGAAAACUGAUUUUUCGUAGGUUUUUAGUUCUAUUGUUUAUGUUUGAUUAAAUUAUUAUUAAUCUUUUAAAAGCAAUUUUUACAUUUGUAUUAUUGUUUAGAAUUUUAGCAAAUUUAUAAGAUAUACUAUUUUGAUAUUUCAUAAUUUUAUAACUAUUCAAAAUUUUAAAAUAACUAUAUAUAUAUAUAUAUAUAUAGUAUACUAUAUAUACUAUAUAUACUUUUAUAAUAAUUUUACAUUUUAAAAUAAGAUAUAUAUAUAUAUAUAUCUGAGAUAAAAUUUUAAAAGACUGCCUCUAAUUUAAAUUUCUCUAAACAUGUUUUAAAUAAAACGUAAUGUAAAUUUUGAUAUUAUUACAGACUUAAAAAUAUUAAAUACCCAAAAUAGCAUUUACAGUAAUUCAGUUUUAGAAAAAUGAUUUAAUGAAUAAUAUCUUAUAUUAAUAAAUUGUUGAUAAUAAGAAAUAACCAAAUAAAUUAUUUUUCAUAACAUAUCUAUGUUAAAUAAUAAUUCAUUUUAAAUAAUCUACUAUUAAAAAAAUGAUUUCUAUGUAAAAUUAAAAUGACCAAUUCGUAUACUGUUAUCUCUAUGUAUUUCAUUUUUCAUAUUCAGUCGCGUUUUACUUUUUGACUGUGUUUGAACUGAUGAUGAAUUUUUAAUUCAAAACCAGCCUGUUAAUACACAUCAUAAUCUUCCAGGUGGGUGCUUAUUUAUUUAUUUACAAGUAUUAACCAUUUUCUAAUUUUGUUUUGACUUUAUUACAUUUAUUAUUUAAAUUUAAGAUUAGAAUUAUGUUAAAUAACUUUAAUAAUGACAGUAAUGAAAUUUUUUGUCCUCUUAAAAAUAUUGAAAUAUUAAUUAUACUAAUGUACUGAAUUCGUUUAGUUAUAAUUUUUCAAUUUUAUUUUUUUAUAGGUUGGGUAUUUGAACCUGUCAGAUUUCAUAACUCUUUUUUCACUGCAAACAUCUAACAAUGUUUUACCUUCAUCAAAUACAAUUACUUCCCCAUUUGUAACCAAGAAAAUCCACGAAAAAGAAGCCGGUGAAUUAGAAGACGACGAUAACAAUUUUUUACCUGUAACCAGUACUCCCAAAGAUACUGUAAAAAAAAUUGAGGAUAAACAAUGUAAAGAAAAGCAGAGUAAAAUAUCAGAUGUUACUCAUGUAAAAGAAGCUGGUAAAUUAGAAGACAAUGGUGACAUUCUCAUAUCUGUUACCAGUACUCCCAAAGACGUAGCAGUGAAAAAAAAUGAAAAUAAAUUGUGUAGAGAAAGAAGGAGUCCUUCAUUUUGGGAAAAUUCAGUUCAUGUUAAUUAUCGAAAUAAAUAUAAAGAUGACAGACAUAAAGAAUCAUACCGUUGGCAAAAAACAAAUUAUAGAGAUAGAUAUGAUAAAAAAUAUUGGUAAAUAUUUAUACAAUUAUACUUCUAUAGUUCUUAUAUUUAAAAUAAGAAUGAAUUAUGAAUUUUAAAGCAAGAAUAAUUAAUGAAUUAACUAUUAAAUAAUUUAUCGCGAGUUAAUUUUAUUGGAUAGUUUAAUAAAAUGUGGAGUAUGUUACUGGUAAUUAACGUGUAUUUAGAUAAGGAAAUCAUUGAAGAAAAGUUUGAAGGACGGCAAAGGAAGUAGUAAGACUUAAACAAAGAGAGGCAAGUGGGAUAAAAUUAUUUUACUUGAUAUUUUAGAUUGUAAUUCAAGAAAAUUGGUUAGUUUGUAAAAUGUCCCUAUGUAUAUUUUACUAUAGUGAUUUUCUCAAUGAUUGAGAUAUAAUUUAUUAAUGUAUUUUUUAGAAUUGGGCAAUAAUCAGACUAGUUGCUGAAUAAUGCAAGAGCAAAAUCCUACAGCUGACUUAUUAUUAAAAAUCUUUGUAGUCUAGAAUUGAAAGAAACUUGAUAUUAAAGAUUCAGUUCGUCAGAAAGGGGUAGUAGUAUGAUUUAUAGCAAAAAGAUUUGAUUUUAAAAGUUAGUUUGUAACCAUGAGGGUUAUAUUUGAGGAUCAGAUAGAUGUUUAGGAUAUGAGAUGCAAUAAUUGCAAAAUAAUUUUUAAUUAACGACAAAAUUGUGUGAAGAAAAAUUAUUAAAGAAUGAAUUACAGUAUAUAAAAUAAAAACAAGUUGAUAAAAAAAAAAAUAAACGAUAUAUUGUGGAAUUUUGAGAAAAUCAAUUAAGUGUUAUUAAAUAAUUUUUAAUGUUUUUUAUUUAGAUAUAUUAAGAAAGAUAAUAAAUUAAAAUAAUUUAUUUAAAUUAAUUAUAAGUAUUAAAAAUUUGAAUAUUUUGAUUAUUUACAUGAUUUUAAAUGAAUGUAUUCAUUAGUGUAUAAUUGGAUGUCAAUUAUGUUAUUAGGCCCAGCAAAUUAAGACAUAACGAUGAUAGAUCACAAUAUGAUAGUAAUAGUCGUUUUCAUUAUGCAAGUAUAAAAAGGGAAUUUCGUGAUGAAGAAAGACGAAGUCGUGAUUAUCGAGAUUAUAAUAUCUAUGAUAAGCGUAAAGGAAGAGAUCGAAUAGAGGAUUCAAAAAGAAUGUAAUGUAUACACAUUUAUGUAUUACCUUUUUGAUAUUUUAAUUUUGAAUUGUAAAAACAAAUUAUAUAUUUUUGUAUACAAACAGUUAUAUGCAAAGUAAAAUUAUUUAAGUUAAUUUUUUUAAUAUCUUUUAUAAAAUAACUUUCAUUUAAAAUAUAUUAUUUUUAUUUAAAGGACCAUCCAAUUCAACAAAUUUUCUUUGUCUUAAAUUAUAACAUAUACUAUGACGAAAAAAUGAUAUUAUUAAAAUUUGUAUCCGUUCACUAGUUUAUUAUUAAUAUUGAGCGUGACUUUACUGAUUCGUUCACCGCGGUCACUAUUUAUACAUUCGUUUUUGGUUUAACGUAAAGUAACUGUUACUGAACUUCUUUUUUUUCGAAUGACCUAAUCAAAUGUAUUUAAGAAUACCUCAAAUGUUUUCUAUUUAUAUAAUUAUAUCAUAUUUUGGUUUAAAAUGAGUGAAAAAACAACAAUUAUAAUAUUAUACACCACUGUUAUAAAUAGUACUGCUAUGAGUUCAUUUUAGAUUCUGAGUUAAGCGAAGAAGCUUAUAGUUCUACAAAGAUAUUUAUUUUUUUUUCUGUGGACAACUUUUCAACCAGCAAUUUCACUCCAACUUAUAGUGAUAGCAAUUUUUCUAAAAGGAAAACCGAUUAGGGAGGUAUAUUUUAGAAGUCAUUUUUCAAUUUUCUCAGUUUUCCCAGAAAAUAUGAAAAUCAGGAAAAACACGGGAAAAAUGCUACUACAUUAAACAAAUUAUUAAAGAAAAUGUAUAAAGCCUAUUUAAUUAUUUUACUAUAAUAUGGCAUAUUUAUUAUUGACUAAGCAUCACUAUAAACCGAACUCUGCUCAGAACCUUUUUUUAUAAGCAAUGAUUUAUUGUUACUUGCAGGUAUACAUUAAAUUACAUAUAACAGUGGCUGGUGCAGUUCUCAUUAUUCUAGGAUGUCUUUUUUAAUUUUAUACUAUCAAUGUUUAAUAUUUUGUCUUAAAAUUGAGUUGGAUGUAACAUUGAAAACCAUAUGCAUUUCAGUAUAUAUUUAUAGUACUACUCAUGUUUUUAAUUAUAUUAUGAUUAUUUUUAUUGGUAAUAAUGUUUUAGAUUACCAAAUGAUACACAAAUUUGGCCUAGAUCUGAGGAUAGUUUUAAGAAAGUUUUAAAAAGGCCUGCUGAUAGAUCGGAUCACUAUAAAGUAAGUUCUAGUAUUUACAUCUAUGUAAAAGAUUUUCUUCAUAUAAUAAAUUUAAUUUUUGGAUUUUUUUUUCUAAAUUUAUUUUAUAGUAUUUAAGUGGUACUUUCAUUAUGUGCAAAAUGAAUAUUGUUUUAUUUAUUUUUAAUUACAUAAGAGCACAAGGCCUAAUUUAGCAUGGUGCAAUAAAGGUGAAGUUACUUAUAAAAAUAUAUAUAGCAUUAAUGAAAGUUUAACAGUAUAUAGUAAUUAUACAUACAUAAAUGAGGAUAAUAUUGUGUCAAUAUUCGUAAAGGGACAUUCAACAUUGCAUUUCCACCAUAAUUAAUUUUUGAUGAGUAAAUAUAAAAAAAGGAAACAGAAUUACACAUUGGAUGAGGAGGCACCUUAAAGGUUACUUUAAAGAGUAAAUCUGUAGAGUCUAUAUGUCCGGUUAUAAGUUUUAGUAGAAAAUUCAGCAGCAUGUUUUUGAUUAACCAAUAUCUCCAUAUUAAGCUGUUUAAGAGCUGGAGAAUAGUCAUAUGGUAAACACUCAUAAUCAUUGAUGUCUAAAUUAUUUUUAUUUUGUAUAGUAGACAUUUUUAUAUUGUAUGAAUAAAUACAAUUAUUCCUCUGUGACAAAAUUUUUCAUUUCAAAAUUAAAGUGGUUUUAUUAAAAUUCCUACAUUACAGAUCAAAGGUCCACAGACAAAGCAAUUAAUAGCUUAUAUUAGGAAACUUUUGUUUUUAGUUUUUACUAAUUUAAAAUAUUACAUUGUCUUGCUCAACAGUAGACAUAUUUGUAAAGAAUUAGUUAAUACAAUGAAAUUUUAAUUUUUUUUUUUUAGACUCCAGCCAAAGUAUCUAAAGUUGAACAUCAACGAUUACUAAGAAAUGUUGAUGUUGAUGAUUUUUUGUCUGUAGUACACGGCAAAAAAUAAACCAGUGACUAGAGAUACAAUUAUACUU